AUGGUGUUUAAAAUAUUGCAGAAAGCAGUAGUGCCACUGUCGACAGGACUGGCAGUGAUAUGGUGUGUCAGCACGCUGUUAUUUUUGUUCAGUGGAGUUUUUGGCGUAUCAGCUUACAUAUUUCCUCUGGCGCUGGCUGGCUUCCUUUUCCUAUUUCUUAUUAAUCCAAUCAAAAUUUUCCAUCAUAGUUCAAGGAUGUGGCUCCUCCGAAUAUUGUUCCGAAUAUUCACUGCACCAUUCCAUCAUGUAGGGUUCGCUGAUUUCUGGCUUGCUGACCAGUUAAACAGUUUGGCUACAGUUCUUCUUGACUUUGAAUUCAUGGCAUGUUUUUAUGCGUUUGAAGUUGACUGGAUAGGACCUGAUCAACCACAAGUUUGUACAAAGCAUGUAUAUGGAAUACGGACAGUAGUCAGUAUUUUACCAGCAUGGUUCAGAUUCGCCCAGUGCUUGCGGCGUUACAGAGACACCAAACUAGUGUUUCCACAUGUGAUAAAUGCAGGAAAAUAUUCCACAACAUUCUUAACAGCUUUUUUCUCUACUAUGUAUCACCUCCAGAAAGAACUGUAUGGAGACCAGCACAGACAGUCACAUGCAUUUUUCUAUCUCUGGAUUGUAUCUGCUGUAUUCAGCUCUUGUUAUACACUGACUUGGGAUCUAAAGAUGGAUUGGGGCCUUUUAGAUUCCAGCGCUGGUGAAAAUAGAUUCCUCCGAGAGGAAAUUGUUUAUGCUUAUAAGGCUUAUUACUAUUUUGCUAUUGUUGAAGAUUUUAUUCUACGAUUUAUAUGGUCCCUGACGGUAUCAAUAGGUGAAGGUUUGUUGGUACAUAGUGAAAUACUUCGCACACUGCUAGUUUCUUUGGAAAUAUUCAGGCGUUUUGUAUGGAACUUUUUCCGCUUGGAGAAUGAGCAUUUGAACAACUGUGGUCAGUUCCGAGCUGUUCGAGAUAUAUCUAUAGCUCCGAUAGACUCGAGCGAUCUCUCUCAGCUUAUCGAGAUGAUGGAUGAAGAUGAUGGAGCGUAUACCCACAGAUCUGAGAAACGUAGACUUAUCGGAAACACAGUGAAGAUCUCCAAAAGAAACAAAAAGGAGAAACAUAUAGAAGACAACGUUCCGGAUAAAAUACCGUGGAAAUUCAAGGGAGUUUGAGAGAUGGAAAAGACAUGGAAAUUCAAGGGAGUUUGAGAGAUGGAAAAGAGCACAUGACAGAGACUGAGCAUCAAUGGACUUGUCCCUAAUGUCUUAGUAUGAUAGACAAGAAUGCAUAAUAUUAGUGAAAUAAAGUGCCAUAUUCAGACUUAAUGGGACAUGCCUCCAGAUGAAAAUCAAAAUUCAAUUUUUAGCUCAACUAUCCGGAGAGUAGGUCAAGCUGUUGGACUCGCCUGAGGGAGUCAGCAUCUGCAUCAUCAGUGUCUUGCUUUGGUUAAGUUUUUUUAUGUUAGCUGGUUAGUGGGUAUCUACUGACGAGAAUGGAUUGAAACCUCUCAGAGUUGUUUACUCUGAUGAUCUGAUGUGCAAUGCACAGAGUCCCUAACUCUGCUUUGCAUUUAAACAAAUUAUGUCCCUUUAUCAUCUUUUUUUCAAUUUUUGGUUAAGUUUUUUCAUGUGAGCUGGUUUCUCGGUAUCCACUUACGGGAAGGAAUUGACACACACACACUUGUUCAUUAUGAUGAUCCGAUAUGCAAUGCAGAGGUUCCCUAACACUGCUUUGCAUUUUAACAAAAUUAUGCCCCCUUUCUGACUUCUGUAUUCAUUCUAUUGACAAGGCUGUUGAAUAGUCAAGCGUUCCAACAGCUUCUUUUUUAAAAAUGAUAGCGAUUGCAGUUAGACAUCAAAAUGAUAAACCAGCAUUGUUUACGCAGAUAGUUUUAAUUGUAUCAUAUAAAAUACAGCUUAAUUCUAAGACUAAUACUUUCAAGAGUUUUCUUCAUAAGUUUUCAAACAAAUGACAUAAAUCAGGAGGCCUGCAUCUUUAUAGCAAUUGUAAAAAUGAGAAGAUAUUUCUGUUGAGUGAAAAAAAUGAAUAUUAUUUCACCUAAAUGUAAUUGUGAACAAUGUAAAUAAUUUCCUUCGUAAGUAAGUGAGAAAUAGAAUUUUUUCUCUUGUGUGUAAAUGAGAAAUGAAAAUUACUGUGAAUAAUAUUUUAAACUGGAAAUUGUUGCCCUAGAAUAUCGGUGGGAACUUGAAAUUGUUGCCCUUGAAAUUGAAUUGUUGUCAUUGAAUAACAGUGAGAACUGAAAAUUGUUGCCCUUGAAUAUCAGUGAGAACUGGAAAUUGUUGCCCUUGAAUAUCAGUGAGAACUGGAAAUUGUUGGUCUUGAAUAUCAGUGAUAACUGGAAAUUGUUGCCCUUGAAUUAACAGUGAGAACUAGAAAUUAUUGCUCUUGUAUAUACAAAGUGAAUUGAAAGCGCAUAAAGAUAAUAUAAUAUAUAUAAGAAUUGAUCAUGUUUAUGUAUCUAUUGCAUACUUGAGCUGAUGUCUUUCAUUAUUGUAUUUAAUUUAAAUGUUCGUUGUGUAAUUCUGUAGAGAAAUAAAAAAUAUUUAGAAAGUGGAUAAUUUUUUAAUUUUCAUAAUUUUAUGAAUAUCAGUGAGAACUGGAAAUUGUUUAUCAGUGAGAACUGGAAAUUGUUGUCCUUGAAUAUCAGUGAUAACUAGAAAUUAGUGACCUUGAAUAUCAGUGAGAACUGGAAAUUGUUGUCUUUGAAUAUCAGUGAGAACUGGAAAUUGUUUAUCAGUGAGAACUGGAAAUUGUUGACCUUGAAUAUCAGUGAGAACUGGAAAUUGUUGACCUUGAAUAUCAGUGAGAACUGGAAAUUGUCUAUCAGUGAGAACUGGAAAUUGUUGACCUUGAAUAUCAGUGAGAACUGGAAAUUGUUGACCUUGAAUAUCAGUGAGAACUGGAAAUUGUUUAUCAGUGAGAACUGGAAAUUGUUGUCCUUGAAUAUCAGUGAGAACUGGAAAUUGUUGUCCUUGAAUAUCAGUGAGAACUGGAAAUUGUUGUCCUUGAAUAUCGGUGAGAACUGGAAAUUGUUUAUCAGUGAGAACUGGAAAUUGUUGUCCUUGAAUAUCAGUGAGAACUAGAAAUUAGUGACCUUGAAUAUCAGUGAGAACUGGAAAUUAUUGUCCUUGAAUAUCAGUGAGAACUAGAAAUUAUUGCUCUUGUAUAUACAAAGUGAAUUGAAAGCGCAUAAAGAUAAUAUAAUAUAUAUAAGAAUUGAUCAUGUUUAUGUAUCUAUUGCAUACUUGAGCUGAUGUCUUUCAUUAUUGUAUUUAAUUUAAAUGUUCGUUGUGUAAUUCUGUAGAGAAAUAAAAAAUAUUUAGAAA